AACGUUUGAAUCGGAAUGUGUUACGACACGUUCGAGAUUAUUCCCUAAAGGGAGGAUAUUAAAUUUCAACGUUGCUUCCCCCUCUCCUCCAAAAAAUUUCCCUCUAUCGUAACUCAUAAGUCGGCUUAUUUUUUUUUGUACGAUCAGUAUUGUGUCAACCGCUCGAAUGAAAUGUUCUCCGCCAAAGAAAGCAACAGUGGUGCGAAGCGUUGCUACGAUACUAUGUCGUGCGAAAAAAAAUGCGACGCGUAAGUUUGAUUUUCUUUUGAACUCUUUUUAUUUUUCAACUUUUUUACACAGUACUUUGUCGGAACGUAGCGUGGUUCGCGUACUAAGCAGACAAUACGCGCUUACAAGUAUGGGGUACAAAUAUCUCGAGAUUGACAUCAACGUUGGUCCGCCGAGUUACGUGAAAAUUGCCAUAGGAGAUCAUCGUGGGAACGAACUGAUGUCUCUCAAAACGUGGAAGGGACUUUACGAACAGCGAUUAAACGUUCUGAAUCUCCUUCGAACCGACUAUAAAGACUUGUACAAUUUUAUUAACGUUGUACCGCUAACGGCCAGAAUUUGUGUAAUCAGUGACGUUAACUUUAUACGUUUGGAAUCACAAAACGUACGCAUGAUAAUGACCGAGUCGACGGUACGUCGUAUGUUCGAUCUGGACGGUUGUGUCGAUUUAAUGUUCGAUCGACUAAUUAAAAUCACUGAUAAUGUCGAUAUGCAGUUUACGCAGUUCUCUAAUAUUGCGUCCACCAUAAUGAAUCCCGAUCAAGUAACUAACGCAAUACGCGCGAGCAACAUCUUUAAUAAACAUCGUCUUCUCGAUUGUGAGCUUUUGGCUUUAGUGUUUAGUACGUAAGAGAAAAAUUAUUACACUGCUUUAUAUGUAUAAAUUAAACAUUAAAGAAUAAAAACUUAUGUUACCUAUUUUUCUUUAUUUCAUAUAUCUUUUUUCCUUAAUAGAAAUAUCGCAAAGCAAGCGAGAGCGCACGCGGUGAGAGAAAGUGAGAGCGUGUAAAGAUGGCGGCGUACGAGUAGGACUUUGAGUAUAUAUACAUGGAGGAAGAAUGCCAGCACUGAAAGUGUGUCCAAGAUCU